AGGAGGCGCGUCUGACCCAAGUACUUCAUCCUACACAACAUGAGCGCACCACAAGCAUCAUCAUCGGGAGGCGUUGACCAGCGCAGGCAGGAUGCUCUCAAGACAUAUCGCGAGAAAAUGCGUCAGCACGAGUCCAGCAGCCAGAGCCUGAAGAACCUCCGGUUUGCGCUAAGGGAUUUGGAAAAGGACUAUGCGAAGACAGAGGAUGAUAUCAAGGCGGUACAAUCUGUGGGGCAGAUCAUUGGAGAAGUAAUGAAGCAGCUGGAUGACGAGCGAUUCAUUGUGAAGGCGUCGUCUGGACCUCGCUAUGUCGUAUCCUAUCGCCCAACGUUGCCCGUGCAGAAGCUCAAGACAGGAACACGAGUUAGCCUCGAUAUGACAACACUCACAAUCAUGCGUAUACUGCCAAGAGAAGUUGACCCAUUAGUCUAUAAGAUGAGCUUGGAGGAUCCCGGAGGCGCAACCUUCGCAGGCAUUGGCGGCUUGGGGGAGCAGGUCCGGGAGCUGCGAGAGGUCAUUGAACUUCCUUUAACGAAUCCAGAGCUGUUCCAACGUGUAGGUAUCAGUCCACCCAAGGGUGUCCUCUUGUACGGCCCACCUGGUACAGGAAAGACGCUCUUGGCACGUGCUGUUGCAGCGACGUUGCAGACAAAUUUCCUGAAGGUCGUCUCCUCUGCAAUUGUCGACAAGUACAUUGGCGAGUCGGCGCGCGUUGUUCGCGAGAUGUUUGGCUACGCGAGGGAGCACGAGCCUUGCGUUAUUUUCAUGGAUGAAAUCGACGCGAUUGGUGGGCGACGGUUCUCGGAGGGUACCAGUGCGGAUCGAGAGAUUCAACGGACACUUAUGGAGCUGCUGAACCAAAUGGAUGGCUUCGACUCUCUCGGGAAAACGAAGCUCAUCAUGGCCACAAAUCGACCGGACACGCUAGACCCCGCGCUUCUUCGGCCUGGUCGGCUAGACCGCAAAAUCGAGAUUCCGCUACCUAACGAGCAGGCUCGGCUAGAGAUCCUCAAGAUUCAUGCCGCGCCGGUGAAUAAAGGCGGCGAUAUUGACUAUGAGGCCAUCGUCAAGGCAGGUCUCCUGACUUUUUUUCUUUCCGAUGGAUUCAACGGAGCCGACUUGAGGAACGUGGUUACAGAGUCCGGCAUGUUCGCUAUCCGGGAUGACAGGCAUGUAUCAAUUGUCUCGGAAUAUGUCACACAAGAGGACUUGACGAAGGCGGCGCGCAAGGUGGGCGAGGCCAAGAAGCACGAGAACAAGUUAGAGUACACCGCUUGAGCAUCGGCCUGGCUUUUCUCCAUUACUGUAGUAAGACUCAUGGACCUCGGAUUUGACGUUUGCGUGUAAUAUUGCAGAGCCUUGGGAGGCUGCAAGAGACCAGUUCCCGUGCGGCCGACGAUGAUGCCGAAGCAGAAUCAACGGAGUUCCGUUUACUGACGGAAGAGUUCGUCAGCCUCAUAGCAGCUAUUGUGUGCGU